AUGCUCACUCUUUAUGCUCUUAAUCCCAUCUCAAGAGCAAAUGUCCUUUCUUUCCUCACUCGUUGCUCCACCAAACCAGACACCAACACAAACAAUGAGACAUACCAAAAUCAAAACUUUCAACAUAACUCAUACUCAGAUACCAACAAUAACAUGUCACCUACCGUUUCAAAUGAAACACAAAUACUUCCCUCUUCUUUAUCAUCAUCGGUACCCCCUUCUUCUAGAGGAUUAGUGCUCGAUCUGGGUCCAAAAAAUUCAUGGGAUAGUGCAGAAAUUGGUUCACCAGUGGUUAAAAGGUUUCUCAGUGAUGAAGAAGAGAGAUGGUUCAUGUGGUAUCAUGGGAAUUCUUGUGAAAAUCCAGAUUCUGAUUUUAUUGGUUUAGCAAUUUCAAGCAAUGGAAUUCACUGGGAGAGAGGUAAAGGUCUGGUGAAAUCAAGUGAUAAGGUGGGUUUGGUUAUGAAUUGUAGUAAAGAUUGGUGGGCUUUUGAUAUUUUAAGCAUUAGGCCUAGUGAGGUGGUGAUCAUGUCCAGUAAUAAAGUGAGAGCCUCGAGUGCUGUGUACUGGCUUUAUUACACCGGUUUUAGUUCUAAGAAAGUGAAAUUCUUAGAUGAUGAUUCUUUGGAUUUGAAUUUAGAAAAUCCAGAAAGGUUUCACAUUCGCAAUUUGAGUGGUGAAAAUGGUAAGAUUUUCAAGUCCUUGCCAGGUUUGGCAAUAAGCCAGGAUGGGAGGCAUUGGGCAAGAAUUGAAGGGGAGCAUCAUAGUGGAGCAUUGUUUGAUGUGGGGUCUAAAAAAGAUUGGGAUUCACUAUUCAUUGCUUCACCACAAGUUUUUUUUCAUGGAAAUGGUGAUCUAAGAAUGUACUACCAUUCAUUUGAUAUGGAAAAUGGCGAGUUUGGUAUUGGCAUUGCAAGGUCUAGAGAUGGAAUGAAAUGGGUGAAGUUGGGGAAGGUAAUGGGAGGAGGAAAAAGAGGUGCGUUUGAUGAAUUUGGGGUAAAAAAUGCGUGUGUUGUGAGGAACAAGAAAGAUGGGAAGUAUGUGAUGGCAUAUGAAGGUGUUGCUGCUGACAGGAUAGGGAGUAUUGGAUUGGCAGUGUCAACGGAUGGAUUGAAGGGUUGGAGGAGGCUUAAAGAUGAGGCAGUGCUUAAGGUUGAAGCUGAAGAUGGAUGGGAUAAUGAAGGAGUCGGGUCACCUUGUUUAGUGCAAAUGGAUGGAGAUAGUGAUGAAUGGAGAUUGUAUUACAGAGGUCAUGGAAACGGAGGGAGGACUGGGAUUGGUUUGGCAAUCUCUGAAGGAAGUGAUAUUGGAAGGUUUAGAAGAUGGAAAGGAUUUCGUUUAUAGGUAAAUGUGUUAGGCUAUCUCAUUUUCUUUUCCUGUUAUAAGUCUAAUUU